AUGACUAAACGGUUCAGGUCUACAGGGGUGUAUCCUUCUCCGUCACCUGAACUGGCAGAGAGGUCAGAAAUAUUCAAUGAGAAGGUAUUGCAAGCUGAGGAGAGAAUGAUCUCAAAAGAACUACAAACGUCGGCGAAAGAAGGAAGAGGGAGGUUUAUAAGGAUUGUCGAAGUCUCAGCUAGAGAUGGUCUGCAGAACCUUCCCGGUGAACCUGUAUCUACAGAGUUGAAACGAGAGUUAGUCGAAAGGUUAUUAGGUGCUGGCAUGAGGAAUAUCGAAGUCGGCAGUUUCGUCAGAGGAGAUUGGGUACCUCAAAUGGCAGAUACAGCUAAAUUGCUUCCUUUACUUCCACCAUUAACAGGACAAUCAAUCCCAUUACCUUCACCCGCAUCUUCGAGAUCUUCUUCUCCUGCAUUAUCGGACAAUGGCGCAGGUAUAGGUCCGUCAUCCCUCAAACAUAUCAUCGAUAAUACAAUCAUACCUUUUUCAGCUGGACAAGUUCAUUUUCCAGUACUGGUACCUAAUAUGAAAGGAUUAGAAAAUUUAAUCAAACUUCAAGAAAAUCAUAGUCUUAAUGGUGGUGGGAAACUGACCGAUGAAGUAGCUGUUUUUGUUUCUGCUACAGAAGCUUUCUCACAAGCCAAUAAUCACGCACCGUUAUCCAAGAUCCUGUCUUCACUUCCGCCGGUGAUCGAUAAAGCUCGUUCGCUAGGUUACAGAGUCAGAGGAUACGUAUCGUGUGUAAUUACCUGUCCGUAUUCUGGACCGACACCACCUGAGGAUGUGGUUGAUGUAGCCAUCAAACUGCUGAGUAUGGGUUGUUACGAGAUCAGUCUGGGAGAUACGACCGGUGAAGGCGAUCCCGAAUCUUGGGGAAGAGUCUGGAGAGAAUGUGAGCAAAGAGGUGUAGAUAUGACCAAAGUAGCAUGCCAUGAUACAUUCUCCUUAGCAUUGUCUUCGAUCAUAUCGCUAUUACCUCAUAAUCUCUCAUCUGUAGAUUCAUCUUUAGCUGGUUUGGGUGGAUGUCCAUAUUCUCCAGGAGCGACUGGCAACGUCCCUACAGAAGAUGUAGUUUAUGCUUUACAUAAAUUAGGUUAUGAGACUGGGAUAGAUCUGGACACAUUGGUGGAAGUCGGUAAUUGGUUGAGUAGUAAAUUAGGUAGGAGGAAUGAGAGCAGGGUUGGAAGAGCUAUUUGGGCAAGAAGACUAUCAAGGGAAAAUAAAGAGAAAGGAAAGGGAAAAGAAUGCAUUAAAGGUGAAGAAUCAGAAACGGAAGAUGGAAUGUGA